CCAGCAUUCCUCCCUCCCCCCCGCCCCUGCAGCGACGAGGGGGCGGCCCCGCUUCCCCGCAGCGGCGCUCGGCGCCUUGGCGUGCCCCUGGUAGCUACCAUGGACAGGACCGCCGUGGCGAGGAUGGGAGCGGUGGCCAGCGCCAGCGUGUGCGCCCUGGUCGGCGGGGUGGUUCUGGCCCAGUACAUCUUCACCAUGAAGAAGAAGACGGCCUGUAUGCAAGCCCUGCGUCUCUGGACUCUGCUUGCCACCUAUGCUGUUGCAGUAGGACAAAAUCAAGGACAGAAGAAUCAGGAGUGCCCUAAGCUCAACGCACAGAUGCCAGAAUUUCAGAAGAAGACUGUCCAUAUUAAGGACCCAGGGAGAGUAGAGGAGAUUAUUUGUGGCCUCAUCAAAGGUGGAGCUGCCAAACUUCAGAUUAUUACAGAUUUUGAUAUGACAUUAAGUAGAUUUUCCUACAAUGGAAAAAGAUGUCCAACUUGUCAUAACAUCAUUGAUAACUCUAAGCUCAUCACAGAGGAAUGUCGGAAAAAGUUAUUGCAGCUGAAAGAAACCUAUUAUGCUAUUGAAAUUGAUCCAGCUCUCACUAUUGAAGAAAAAUAUCCAUAUAUGGUAGAAUGGUAUAAUAAAUCUCAUGCACUACUCAUUGAGCAAGGCUUACAAAAGGAUAAGUUUGCAGAAAUUGUGAGGGAGUCUGAUGUUAUGCUGAAAGAAGGAUAUGAGAACUUCUUUGAUAAACUCAGUGAACAUAAUAUUCCUGUGUUCAUAUUUUCUGCUGGGAUUGGGGACAUUCUUGAGGAAGUUAUCCACCAAGCUGGGGUCUACCAUUCUAAUGUCAAAGUGGUUUCCAAUUUCAUGGAUUUUGAUGAAAAUGGAAUAUUAAAAGGAUUUAAAGGAGAAUUGAUUCAUGUUUACAACAAACAUGAUGGUGCCUUGAAGAAUACAGAGUACUUCAAACAACUAAAAGACAACAGUAAUAUCAUACUGCUGGGUGAUUCUCAAGGAGACUUGAGUAUGGCAGAUGGAGUAGCAAAUGUUGAACACAUUCUUAAGAUCGGCUAUCUCAAUGAUAAAGUAGAUGAGCUUUUGGAAAAAUAUAUGGACUCUUAUGAUAUUGUCUUGGUGAAAGAUGAAUCCCUGGAAGUUGCCAACUCCAUCCUACAGAAAAUCCUGUAAAUUGCAGUCUCAAGUCACUCCAUUCCUUCCAGGAGACAACUGGACAGAAGAGCACACGUGUGCUAUCUUAGAUGUGUUUAUUAGUCAUUUACAGAACUGUUUAAUUUAAUUUAAAACUCUUCAUUUUGGUAUUUUGAAAUAUAUACGGUAUCCAUUGUCAACUAGAAGCUCCUUUUACUGCUCUUAUGCUGUUCUUUAUUGUCUCACACUCCUGUUAUAACUAGAUUUAAAUUGGAUUUAUAGAUGUGAUAAACUGCUGCUGAUGGGAUACUAUGGUUUUUUAAUCAGGCAUUUCAGAGGAGCAUUUUAGAAAAUGUGGCUAUUUUGUAAAAUUGAAGAUGUAAACAUUCUGUGAAUAAGCAGCAUGCACGUUUGUGUUGCCUUUUCUUCUUUCAAAGAAGAUAUUUCAGUCUCAACUGUACUUUGAAGGAUCUUACUCAUAUGCUACAGACUUUCACAGAAGUUUUUCAUACAUAUAUUUUUCUUCAGUAAAAAUGCUUUAUUCACCCAA